ACGGUUAAGGUGGCGACAUUUACUAACAAAUCAAUUUUGUGGAAUAAGCACAUUACACACCCCUGGUCUGAUGCAGGACAGUCAGAACCUGUAAGGCUGCGUCCCUGAAUAGCUUCAACGCUGCCACCCUGGGCCCCUGAGCCCCGCUGCGCUCUGGCUCUGAGCUCUCCAAGCCUUCUCUGCAGGGACAAGAGGGGACCCAACGAGGGAUCUGCACCGCGCGCCUGCUCGCUUGCCGAAGGAGGCUUCAAAGGAUGGGGGCGGCUAAUAAAACACUCGCUGUGCCCGCUCUAAGUGGUCAUUAGUGAAUAAAGAACCUCCAAGCUGCGCUCUGGAGGGAGCGGAGUACUGGCACCCGCGGGCUGUGGAGGACUGGCGUGUCUGGGAAGGAGGAUGCGUCCAGGUGAAAUCACGGCCCGCCUGCCCCCAGCACUGCCCCUUAGGGACCGGGUCCUGGGGCCCAGCCACCGGCGCGGCCCACGGCCAGACCCGCACAGGCUCGCCACCUGCUUCCCCGACCCUGGACCACACCGUGGGGCCCGGCCCGCGCCCCCCGAGGGGGAGCCCCUCGCGCCCCUGCUCCAGGGAGGCCCCCGGGCCCCGGGGCGGCGCGAGUCUGAACCCGCGCUGUGCGGCGUCAGGGCAGAGGCGGGGAGGGCGCAGUUAAAAGGCGCUGCAGGUGGGAGCCGGGCCUGCACCCUGACUCCGACUCGCUCGCUCGGCCUGGGGAGCGGAGGGCGCCGCCCUGCGCCGGGAGACCCGUUCCCACCGUGCACGCAGGUGCCGGCACCGUGGGCACUUCCUGCUGCUGAAGGAGUCGCCCAAGGGUGCGGGGUCUCUCCCCGCCGCGGAGCCCGGCCGGGGUGACUGAAAUGCAGUUGAAUUUAAAUGUUUGGAAAGGACAGAAGUUUGCCUGAAUGAACAGACAGGACUCACAAAUUAUCCAGGGAUAAACCAGCACCAUGGAUUGGGGGACACUGCACACUGUCAUUGGGGGUGUGAACAAGCACUCCACCAGCAUCGGGAAGGUGUGGAUCACGGUCAUCUUUAUCUUCCGGGUCAUGAUUCUUGUGGUGGCUGCACACGAAGUGUGGGGUGAUGAGCAAGAGGACUUUGUCUGCAACACUCUGCAACCUGGCUGCAAGAACGUAUGCUAUGACCACUUUUUCCCAGUGUCCCACAUUCGGCUGUGGGCCCUGCAGCUCAUCUUCGUGUCCACUCCAGCACUGCUGGUGGCCAUGCAUGUGGCCUACUACAGACAUGAAACUGUCCGAAAGUUCAGGCAUGGAGAGAGGACGAAUGAAUUCAAAGACCUGGAAGACAUUAAAAGGCAGAAGGUGCGCAUCGAGGGAUCGCUGUGGUGGACAUAUACUAGCAGCAUCUUCUUCCGAAUUAUCUUUGAAGCGGGCUUCAUGUAUGUGUUUUACUUCCUGUACAAUGGGUACCACCUGCCCUGGGUCCUGAAAUGUGGGAUUGACCCCUGCCCCAAUCUUGUUGACUGCUUUAUUUCCAGGCCAACUGAGAAAACUGUGUUUACCGUUUUUAUGAUUUCUGCAUCUGUGAUUUGCAUGCUCCUCAAUGUGGCUGAGCUAUGUUACCUGCUGCUGAAAGUAUGCUUCCGGAGAUCCAAAAGAACCCAGACUCAAAGAAAUCACCCCAACCAUGCCCUAAAAGAGAGUACACAAAACGAAAUGAAUGAGUUGAUUUCAGAUAGGGGUCAAAAUGCCAUCACAGGUUUUCCAAGUUAAGUAUUUCAAGGUGAAAUGCCGCUGAAUCCUGAGAAAACAUUGGUCUUCCCUGGGAGGCAAUGCCAACCUGAAAAUUCCUCUUACAGGCUGAACGGCUUGUCUCUGUAAAUGACUUCUGUAAUAAAUACAUAGUUUGAGCUCACUCUCUGUGGAACACUUACAGCACUCACAUGCAACAUGGUCAGGUACCUGGUCCACCUCGGGAGACACGAUGCUUGCCAGCUACUGAUCCUUGAAGCCACUGAACCAGUUCAUACACGGACUGUCUGAGCUAAUGGUUAUGUCCUGAAAAUUUAUACAACCUGUUGUUGAUAAAAAGCACUUAUCUAAAAAUGGAUACUUUUAUUCCUCAAAGAUAUUUUUAUAGGAAUGAAUGUUUUAGUUCUGUCUUUGAAUUUAUGUAAAGUAUUUUUAUAAUGACCUCCCUAUUUGGAAAAAUAGAUGAUGUUAGUUUUAGAAGUUUACCACAAGCCUCUACAUUUUUAACUGACAAAGGGCCGACCUGGUAAAUAUUGUUUUGCAUUGUCUAUUGACAAAUUGAUGAACUGUCAUGACACUGUUAUGGUGGAAAAUGUUCAUUAUACAAUAUAUUUUUACUGUUUUCUGAAUGGAGAUAGUGCUGGGCGGAAGUGGGAAGUGGCUUUUAUAAACUAGCCUCUUUGCUAAUCAUUGUGAACAAUAGAAAUAUAAGUGUAGUCACCUCAAUAAAGCUG